AUGGAGAUCCCCGGCAUCAUCCACAUGGCGUUCUGCCCGUCCUUGCAGCCGCUGCCGGAGCACGAGAGGUCCAGCAGCAACAUCAUCGCCCGCCAUUUCAUCAACUUGUGGCUGCUGUACAUCGACCAGCACCGUCGCUGGCGUCACUUCGACGCGCUGCUCCAGACACACUUCCGUCCCUGGUUCGAGCAGCACGCACGCGGCCUGGCCACGUUCAAGUCCAUCACAGAGCGCAUCGCCAAGCAGCAGCACAGCUGCAGCUUCAACGCCGACCAGUACAUGGCCCUCGCCUUGUGGGCCAGCAGGCACGCCCACAGCACCGCGCCAACCCAAGCCCAGCUCCGCGCUGUCCACGACAGCUACUUCGUCCAAGGCGGCGUCUGGAUCAACGACACCACGGCGAGCAUUCUGGCCAGCAUGGACGUGUUCACGGUCUCCCCCGAGCACACGGCCGUGCUGCUGCUGUACCACUGCCGCGAUCCGCGCGUGUACGUCGAGAUGGUCGGGACGCAGGGCACGCUCAACCAAGGGCUGCGCGACCAGACCGCAGCCUUCAUCUCCAUCCUCAAGAACAUCCAAGAUGCGCAGCAGGCCACCCUGGACGUGAUGAGCGGUCGCCAGUCGCGGUACACGUUGACCCCCGCCGUCACACCGCUGCCACCACCGCAGGACAGCAGCACCGCAGCCGUCAACACCGACGAUAUGGACGAGUUCCAGUGGCGGGAGCUGUACAUGUGA